CACUGGGACUCUGCUACUUGAACAAGUGUCUUCUCGACCAAUGUCCGCACCAUCUGCUUCUGAAAUACACCAAGAACCAGAAACGGUUUCUGUACAACCACAUGAACAACUUCCUGUCAAACCAAAGGUAGUGUGGUCAUUAUACAAAGCUGGAGAUGAAGUAACAGAGCUGGGGAACAUGUGGGAAAAGGAAUAUAAUUUAAAGAGAAGUAAAGCAUCUGAAAACUUAUCAAAGAUAUCGGAUGAUGGAUGUUUCCAAGGAAGACCAAUUUCUGCUAUGACAAAUCCGAAGAGUUUUUCAAAGUUCCGACCGAUAACAGCGCCCUCUACUAUUCAUAGCGGAAUUGGAAGUUCUGACAGCUCGCUUCACGAUAGUUUCAACUCUUUCCCGCAUAACAAAAGGUCAACAAGGCUAUUUCAGCAGAGAGCGCAUGCGCCAAAAGCUUCCACUUCAUGUCCAGUUCUCGAUGUCCUUCAUGAAGAUCCUGAAUACGCUACAAUUGGGAAGUUUCGGUCAACAGUCGACUUGCACGCGCAGCAACGCGGGACACUAACACCAGAAGAAGAUUACGAUGAAAUCGAUACAGUAAACGCGAUCAGAAUUCGCGAGCCUGCACUGUCGGUUAUCCAAGCUAUUAGAGAUGAACUGAAAAAGUUCAAUAGUUCACUCACUGGGAAUAGCACCGAAAGCUUUGCAUGAAGGGACGUUCUUACGUUAUUGGAUUAAAUCAGCGAUACACAGAAACAUGACCCGUCAUUUUGGUUUUCUUCCGAGAUUCGUUGAUCACACAUUUUUGUUACCACCAAUCUUAAAACAAUAAUAAUAGAAGUAACAGAUCUUUGUUGUUUACGUCCACGUACUUUGUAAACCACCGUGUUGGGGAACAUUACAAUGUGAUGGAGCUAAAGUUUUCAGAAUUCUGUGCGUUCGCUGAUGUAUUUUAUAUAGGCUUUGUGUUAAAACAAAUCGAAGAUACGUUCUAAAAAUCCAGAUUUUGUUAGUUGAAAAUAUCAUAAUGAGUAACUUUACAAACAUUUGAUCCAAAUUUUGUUACUUGAAAAUAAUACAUAAAGUGUAAUUCGGUGCCCGUUUAUAUGAAAAGAAUUCUGAACAGCCAAUUUGGAAAAAUAAAAUUAUCAUUAACAUCUACGACUCGAUUUACUGUAUGGAAUAGUUUGCACGGAUCACGUGACUUGUUAACUGUCUCUCAGAACAGCAUAAAAGGGAUAACUUAUUAGUUUAACACAAAGGGAUAUCUAAGCUCUUCCCACCACGGGUAUAGAAACCUGUUGUUUGUUUUGCGUUGCAAGUUUAAAGAUUUAUCGCCGAGUCGCUGGGGUUCGAGGGACAACUUAUUAAUGUAAUUACACACCUACAAGCUAAUACCAUCAUCACAAGGUUUACCAAUCAACAAAUUUACUUCCAUUUUAAAAAUCUACGUCACAGUAAACUUAAGUAGCUGUGCUGACCCUCUACUGCACGCAUUAGGAAAAUACGAUUGGAAAAAAUUGAAUGUCUUAUCUAAACAGGUCUACAUUGCACAAAAAAGAUAUUUUGAUAAGUUAUAAAU